CAGGCCCACUUGCCCGUCGGAAGUCAGUACGUCGCCGCUUGCGGCGGCGUGGAAGGCCUCGCCUAUGGAGCAAGGAGGACAGGGGCAACCCUUGGAACCAGGGUUGGAAAAGGCCGCUGGUUAGCGGGCCCUUUGCCCGAGGGUGUGGACCUCUUCCCGCUCGCCUGCCCCUUCCCGCGGCUUUCUUCCCCUCCCGAGGACAGGCCUAGGGGGUGCAAAUGCCAGGGCUUCCGUUAGGUCCCCUUGGUCUAGGGCUGCAGGGAUGGGGGGACGAAGACGUGUAGACGGGGCCACCCGUCUAUGGCUUCCAGGGAGGCAGCGGCCCUGGCCACGUGAUUGAGAGGCCCAGUGCAAAAUGAAGAUGCCAGGCCCCUUGUUGUUAAGUUUUUGAGAAUUUCACACGGUAACAGUAUUCAACCCGGUGCGGGGUCCCUGACUUGCUUGCAGGACUGUAGUCUGGGUAAGGGGCUGGGACCCUCCGUCACAAAGGGUGAUUCUCGUUUUUCAUCGUCAGUGUCAUUUGCCUUCUUCAGGGCUUCCAGAUGGAUCUUCGUCACCACCCUAGGAUUGCUCACCGUCCUCAAGCUUGAAAACCCACCUGUAAUCAUUUGGCGGGCGCGGGGGGGGCAUCUUUAAGCGCCCAGGUGAACUUGGUCUGCAGGCAGCAGCUGUCCUUUUUGCUGGAUCUUCUGCUGAGGUCGGUAGGUUGAUAAAGUGAUACUGAUUUCGUGGCAGGAACUCCCUUCAGCCAACUCCUGUCUUCCUGGGAAGGCCUCUGGAAGAAACCAGGUGGGUGCAGGGAACACUAAGGUGGGGGUCACGAUCUGUAUGUUCAUCUUGAUUUGGCCACUCGUGAGCUGGGUACUCGAGCUAGUCAGUUCACCUCCGGUCUCAGUCUCCUCCUUUGUAAAUACAAGGGUUGGACGAAACACGUCCACUUGCACCUCUGAGUCUCAAUGUUAUGCCCACCUUCCAGGUAGGAAAACGGAGGCAGCUAUCUGCCAUGUAAUUCCCCCCCCCCCCCCCCCCGCCCAGAAAUAGAGGCAGGCCAGCUAGUGGCGUGGGUUUUUCUAGUACCCGCUUCCCGAUGUCCUCAGUUAGCUCCCUGUCAUAUUCAUCAUGGGGCCCCCUUCUAGUCUGCUUUUUUGGUGAGACGUUUUCAGAGGCCUCUCGAGCGCUUGAUGCCUAGAUUGUGGGCCACGAGAUGACCAGAGCGGCCAGCCACCAGCCGGAGGAUACAUUCGUGAGAGCUCCACGUUUCCCUCUAGUCAGUGAGCCUCAGGACUCCUGGGAAGCCUGAUAAUAAGUGUAUCCCACCUGUUUCCAAACCCCUAGCGGUCGAAAACAAGACUGCCCGGAACUGGCCCUAAAGUUACACCCACUGGUUGUGUUUUGGAUGGUGUCUCUAGGAAAUGCUUUGCACUCCAGCCCGCGACAUCCCGAUUUUUCUGUCUUCCCCUGGCUAUAAAGGUAUGUUUGCCAAGUUCCCACAUUUAACCUCCGUGUAGAAAAGAAGCUGGCGUCCCUCUGUUGCAUGCAACACAGGUAUCUGCCUUUGGUGAAAAACUCUUGUUCCUUUUCUCCAUUCCAGGAGGGAAACUGUGUUCUGUUCUCCCCGCCGCCCCUCACAAGGUGUCAUGACAAUCUUUUUUUUUUUUUUUUUUGAGACGGAGUCUCCCUCUGUCGCCCAGGCCAGAGUGCAGUGGCGCGAUCUCAGCUCACUGCAACUUCUGCCUCCCGUUCAAGCGAUUCUCCUGCUUCAGCCACCCAAGUAGCUGGGAUUACAGGCGCCCCCCACCAUACCUGGCCUACUUUUUGUAUUUUUAGUAGAAAUGGGGUUUCACCGUGUUGGCCAGGUUGAUCUCAAACUCCUGGCCUCAAGUGAUCCGCCCGCCUCGGCCUCCCGAAGUGUUGGGAUUACAGACGUAAGCCACCUCGCCCAGCCCCACCCAGCUCAAACUCUGUGGUCAUUUUUAUCACUUGCUUGUUUGCCCUUUCAUUUCAUCCUUGUGCUUGUUGGUAAAACCACAGUCUCUUACAUCUGACUGUCUCCCUACCCUGCCCCUGAACAUGGCCCAAGAAGAUCACAUCCAAGCUGACUGAUUUCACACUAAAUUCAUGACUGCUUAGCUCAAGUGAGCCCUUUCUGCAGUCCAGAAUACGUGUCCACUUCUAAGGACAGUUUCAUGUCUUAUCUCCAUAAACCUCCUGUACCCCCAACCCCAAUCUCGGUUACAGCUGAUGACCUAGCUUCCUAUUGCGGUGAAAAAAUGGAAGCAAUCAGAAGAGAACUUCUGCAAGUCCCCUGCCAGCCACCGUCUGCUCUCGUGCUCUUCCUCCAGAUCAGGAUGGGUUGGGACUGGCUAACUGUCAUAGGGGGCUGUCCUGUGUAUCGCAGGAUGUUUUGCAGCAUCCCUGGCCUCUAUUCACUAGAUGCCUGUAGCACACAUCCUCCUCCACCACCCAAUUGUGAUGACCCAAAAUGUCCCCUGGGGGACAAAAUCUUGGGAGUUAUUUGGCAAUAUCUGGAGACACUUUUGUUGGUUAUGACUGGGAGAGGGGUACUAUAGGCACCCAGUAGGGAGAGGCCAGGGGUGCUGCCAAACAUCCUGUGGUGCCAGCUACUCUGGGGGAGUGAGGCGGGAAGGAUCCCUUGAGCUCAGGAGGUCGAGGCUGUUGUGAGCCAUGAUUGCACCACUGCACUCCAGCCUGGGUGACAGAGUGAGAACCUGUCAAAAAAAAAAAAAGGCCGGGUGCGAUGGCUCACGCUUAUAAUCCCAGCACUUUGGGAAGCUGAGGCGGGCGGAUUGCUUGAGCUCAGGAGUUCAAGACCAGGCUGGCCAACAUGGCAAAACCUCAUCUCUAUAAAAAAUACAGAAAAAUUUAGCCAGGCAUGGUGGCGCACACCUGUAGUCCCAGUGACUCUGGAGGACUGAGGCAGGGAGGAUCCCUUGAGCCUGGGGAGGUCGAGGCUGCAACAAGCUGAGAUCGUAUCACUGCACUCCAGCCUGGGCGACAGGUGAGACCCUGUCUCAAAAACGAAAACAAAAGCAAAAAAACAGGAAAAAAAAUCCUUAAUUCCACUUCCACCUGUGCCAGUUCCAUUUCUCUGCUCUCCUUUAUAAUACAAUUCUUAGAUUGGUCUGGUGCUCUCUCCAAUUCUGUCCCCCCACUGGGACUUGUUCUAGCACUCCACCAAAAUUCCUGUGAUCCAAUGACUUCCACAUUGCUACACAGAAUAGCUCUUCCUUUUCAUCAGAUUUGAUCUACUAGCAGCAUUGAAAACAACCCAUCACUCCGUUUUGAGGUACCCUCCCCUCGGCUUUUAGGAUGCAGCCCUCUCGUGAUGUUUAUUUCCUCUCACUGCAUACUCCCUUUUGGUCACCUUUGCUGGAGCCUCAUCUCUUUGACCUUUAAACACAGCUGUACCUCAGAGGUCUCGGUGCUUGGACUUCUCUAUUCAUUCUCACCACCCCAGCAACCUCAUUCAAUCUAAUGGCUUUCAAUACCAUUGAGAACCUAGAAGAUUCCAGUGUGUAUCUCUAGUCUAGACUUUUCUCCCAAACUCCAGACCUACAUGUUCAACAUCUCCAUUUAGAUGUCUGUUAGGCAUCUCCCAUGUCUGUGUCCACACUCCUGAUCUCUGCCCCUAAAUCCACUCCUCUCUUGAUCUGUUUUUCUUUUUUGGAGACAGUUUUGCUCUGUCGCCCAGGCUGGAGUGCAGCAGUGCCAUCUCAGCUCACUGCAACCUCUGCCUCCUGAGUUCAAACAGUUCUCGUGCCUCAGCCUCCCGAGUAGUUGGGAUCACAGGCGUGCACCACCACAUCCGGCGGGUUUUUUUCUGUAUUUUUAGUAGAGAUGGGUUUUGGCCGUUUUGGCCAGGCUGUUCUUGAACUCCUGGCCUCAAGCGAUUCACCCACCUCGGUCUCUCAAAGUGUUGGGAUCACAGGCUUGAGCCACCACGUCCGGCCUCUGUUUUCUUUAUCUCAGAUAAUGGCAACUUCAUCUUUCCAGCUAUUUAGGCCUAAAACUAAGAAUCAUACUUGAUUCUUCUUUUUCUUACACCCCCAGUGUAAUCUUACUAGCAAAGCUUCUUGGCACCACCUGCAAGAUCUAUCUAUGCUAGCUUUCUGUCAUCUCCCCAGCUACACUCUAAUCAAAGCCACCAUCACAUUUUACCUGGGUCGUAGCCAGUAGCCUCAGAUCUUGGCCUUCCAGCUUCUGCCCUGUCCCCACUACAGGCUCUUCUCCACACAGUAGCCAGAGUGGUCCUUUCAAGAUUCAAAUUAGCUCUCAUCAUUCUGUGCAAAACCCUUCAGUGGCUCCCUACCUCAACUAGAAAAGCUGAAGCCUUACAGUGGCCUACAAGGCUUGUGCCUCUCUGGUUAUAAAUCCUCUUACUGGCCAAGCACGGUUGCUCACGCUUGUAAUCCCAGCACUUUGGAGGCCAAGGUGGGCAGACACUUGAGGCCAGGAGUUUGAGACCAGUCUGGCCAGCAUGAUGAAAUCCUGUCUCUACUAAAAAUACAAAAAUUAGCCAGGUAUGGUGGCAUGCACCUGUAAUCCCAGCUACUUGGGAGGCUAAGAUGGGAGGAUCACUUGAGCCUGGGAGGCGGAGGUUGCAGUGAGCCGUGACUGUGCCAUUACACCCCAGCCUGGGUCACAGAGCAAGACCCUGUCUCAAAAAAAAAAAAAAAAAAAAUCCUAUAACUUUGCCUUUGCUUUGACUCCACUCCAGCCACACCAGCCUGCUUGCUGCCCUUCAGUUACACUAGGCCUCUCCUGCCUCGGGGCCUUUGCUGCUGCUGCUGCUGCUGCUCUCAGCCUUGAAUAGUUUUUCCUUAGAUCACACUGUUGCUUGUUCUCUCACCUUGCUCAGGUCAUACCCAAAUAUCUUCUCAGUGAGGCCUUUCCUGACUGCCUACUGAAAAUUGCUAUUAUUCUUUUCCAUUCAUGCUAGAGACUCACUGCCCCCCUUUCCUGCUUAUUUUUCUCUGCAGCACUAAAUUUCUUUCUUUCUUCUCUUUUUUUUUUUUUUGAGACGGCAUCUCCCUCUGUCGCCCAGGCUGGAGUGCAGUGGCGUGAUCUCGGCUCACUGCAACCUCUGCCUCCUGGGUUCAAACAGUUCUCGUGCCUCAGCCUCCUGAGUAGCUGGGACUACAGGCACCUGCCACCACGCCCAGCUAAUUUUUAUAUUUUUAAUAGAGACGGGAUUUCACCAUGUUGGCCAGGAUGGUCUUGAUCUCUUGACCUCGUGAUCCGCCCACCCCGGCCUCCCAAAGUGCUGGGAUUACAGGCAUGAGUCACCAUGCCCGGCCUGCAGCACUAAAUUUCUACAUAUUUACUAAUUUAUUUUGUUGAUUGUCUGUCCUCACCAUCCUCGACUGGAAUGAAAGUUCCAUGAGGGCAUGGAUUUGGCUUCAUUCUCUGCUGUAUUACGCAGAGUCUAAAUAGUUUCCAGCAUAUAGUAAGUGCUCAGUGAAUAUGUCUUGAAAACAAUGUGUCAGUGUUGAGGGUGACUCUAGCCAGGGCAGUGAGUUCCAGUAAGAGCUAAUCCUGGACUUUUGCUUGACUUCUUGAGCAGAGACGUUUCCUAAUUCACCCUGGACUUGAACGUGAGAUGAUCUAGAGGCUGGCAGUUCUGCUGCCAUCUUACUAUUGCAUUAUAUUAGACAGGGCUCUUGGUUGCAUACAACAGAAUCCUCUUGUUCAAAAUAUUCACUUCUCUUCCCCAUGUAGGAUUUUGACACCAUGGCCCCCCGAUAGACUUGCCCAGGUGGCUUUGCUUUGCCCAGUUGAAUGUGAGCAGAAGUGAUGAGUAUCACUUCCAAGCAAAAGUGUAAGAGCCAGUGUGGUGGCUGCUUCUGUCCUUCCCCUUUGCUGCAAGAAGAACGGCAAUGCCCCAGAGACGGGUUGGCCUGAGUUUCAGAGGGAAGCCUCCAUGUUACAGAACCGCAGCCCAUCUGCACUGUCCGCGGAACUGGAGUGCAAAACAAACCUUUGUCAUUGUAAACCACUAACGUUUGGGGUUGUUAUGAAAGCAUAACACCACCUAAGCGGCUUUAACACUCCCACAAGUUUAAGAGGAAAAGGAGUUUAUUAAAGGACACCAGGUGGCUUACAGGAUCUCCAAGAAGGCCUCGGUGACUCCAAAGCCAGGAAUGAUGUCCCAAUCUCACUGAGGGACUGCACCAGCGCAGGUGCGCACCGCUGCCUCCUCUGAGUACAGAUUUAGUAACAUAAACCAGUGUUGGAGCCCAGAAUCUUGACCACUGCUGUCUCUGGAAACUGGACACCUCUGCCACUAACCUUGGCAGAAGAUGGCCUUUGGGAGCCCUCCACGUCUUCAGCUUGCCCUCUUCUGGAUUGAAGUCGCUGGCAGAGCUUAAUUUACCUGCCUGUGCUCUUGCUAUCAAAGAGGCUGGAAAAGCUAAUUUCUUGUUUCUACUUUGGGGAGUUAGGAGUCAAAUGGGAGGAAUUACCAAGACAUAGGGAGGAGGUUCAGAAGUUAGUGAAUGACCAUGAAGCAUGAAGGACAUCCACGACCUGCUGGAGACCUGAGGAUGGAGCCGACACCAAGGGAUCCCAGCUGAGCAAUAGAGCAGCUGGGUGUGGUCCCUUAUGCCCCGGCCCCAGUCAUGCAUAUACCAUUGACUCUUCAGUUAUUUGAGGAAACCAUUCCCAGCUUUGCAUAAACCAGCUGGAAUGGGCUUACUGACACUUGCAAUGCAAAGAGUCCUAACGAUCUAUGUCUAAAAUGGACGAGCGUUGGCACAGUGGCCAACAGUGGUGCCCUGGCUCGGAUGCCUGAAAGUUUUGGUUGUUCUCAGUCCCCAGUAAGUGGGGAUGAGGCUGACAGUCAUGGGAGUGGCCGCUUCUGGUAGGAAGAGAAAUUUGAAUGAAUUCACACGACUGAAAAUUGAUUGUGAAUCUUACUGUCAUUUUUUCUUUUCAAAAGUAUCAGAAAGAAUCUUGUAGUUGCCUGUGGCAGAAGAUCCAAUCCAAAGUGAGCAAAACGAAUCUGGUUUGAAACUUCCAAAGACACAUCGUGACCCACUGGCCAGACCACAUUUCUUCUCUGGGAUGUAUAUCCACUCGGGAAAUGCAGGCCUCUCCUAGAAAUGGUAUUGUCAUAUCUGCAUGCUACAUUGUGAGGUCAUCAAGGCAACCUGUUAAUCAUUCUAGAAUCUACCUCUUGAAGAUUACAACUGAGACUGGGAAACUCUCUUCAAUAAGACCUGUGUGAUGAUAGAUUGUGUCCUGAGCCUGCAGGCUGAAAGAGUCAACAACCAGCAAAGUGAAGAUCUAGGAGUCUGUUCCCCUUGAACCUGUGUGGACCUGAUCAAACCUCGAGGGAAAGAUAAGAGCACUUAGUGGACCAAGUGAAUUGAGUGUGAUCCGGGCUGGGAGAACACAUCCCUGGUCAGCUGUAGGAAAGCCAGAGAGCAUUUGAGAAGAGGCUGAAGCUUGAAUUUUGCAAACACACAAGACCUCUGCAUUUCCCCAGAGAGAAGGUUUUUUUCUCGUCUUCAUUUCCUUUGAAACACCUGGAGUGAGGAAAAACCUCUACAUUGGCCAAGCAGAAGAAACAGAAUCUGUGACUGAAGAGGAUCGGCUAAGAGUGGUUCCUCGCAGCUUAAAGGGAGGCACUUUUCACACUCUGUCUUAAAAUCAGAAGUUGAAUUCAUGAACACAUAUGAUUUAGAUAGAAGUCAUGGGAUGCAGCAGUUCUUCAGUGAAAACCAGGAGAUCUGAGACAUCGCUGAGAGCUGCGUUGAUCAUCCAGAACUGGUACCGAGGUUACAAAGCUCGACUGAAGGCCAGACACCACUAUGCCCUCACCAUCUUCCAGUCCAUCGAAUAUGCUGAUGAACAAAGCCAAAUGCAGUUAUCCACCUUCUUUUCCUUCAUGUUGGAAAACUACACACAUAAGGAAGAGCUAGAAUUAAGAAAUCAAUCUCUUGAAAGUGAACAGGACAUGAGGGAUAGACGGGAUUAUGUGGACUUGAUAGAUGUCCCAGACUCCUAUAAUGGUCCUCGGCUACAAUUUCCUCUCACUUGUACUGAUAUUGAUUUACUUCUUGAGGCCUUCAAGGAACAACAGAUACUUCAUGCCCAUUAUGUCUUAGAGGUGCUAUUUGAAACGAAGAAACUCCUGAAGCAAAUGCCGAAUUUCACUCACAUACAAACUUCUCCCUCCAAAGAGGUAACAAUCUGUGGUGAUUUGCAUGGGAAACUGGAUGAUCUUUUUUUGAUCUUCUACAAGAAUGGUCUCCCCUCAGAGAGGAACCCGUAUGUUUUUAAUGGUGACUUUGUAGAUCGAGGAAGGAAUUCCAUAGAGAUCCUCAUGAUCCUGUGUGUGAGUUUUCUUGUCUACCCCAAUGACCUGCACUUGAACAGAGGGAACCAUGAAGAUUUUAUGAUGAAUCUGAGGUAUGGCUUCACGAAAGAAAUUUUGCAUAAAUAUAAGCUACAUGGAAAGAGAAUCUUACAAAUCUUGGAAGAACUCUAUGCCUGGCUCCCAAUCGGUACAAUCAUUGACGAUGAAAUCCUGGUCAUCCAUGGUGGGAUAUCAGAGACCACAGACUUGAAUUUACUCCACCGUGUAGAGAGGAACAAAAUGAAAUCUGUGCUGAUACCACCAACGGAAACAAGCAGAGACCAUGACACUGACUCGAAGCACAAUAAAGUAGGUGUGACUUUUAAUGCACAUGGAAGAAUCAAAACAAAUGGAUCUCCUAUUGAACACUUAACAAAGCGUGAAUGGGAACAGAUGAUUGAUAUUCUGUGGAGUGAUCCUAGAGGCAAAAAUGGCUGUUUUCCAAAUACGGGCCGAGGAGGGGGCUGCUAUUUUGGACCAGAUGUUACUUCCAAGAUUCUUAAUAAAUACCAGUUGAAGAUGCUCAUCAGGUCUCAUGAAUGUAAGCCCGAAGGGUAUGAAAUCUGUCAUGAUGGGAAGGUUGUGACUAUAUUUUCUGCUUCUAAUUAUUAUGAAGAAGGCAGCAAUCGAGGAGCUUACAUCAAACUAUGUUCUGGUACAACUCCUCGAUUUUUCCAGUAUCAAGUAACUAAAGCAACGUGCUUUCAGCCUCUUCGCCAAAGAGUGCAUACUAUGGAAAACAGUGCCAUCAAGAUAUUAAAAGAGAGAGUGAUUUCACGAAAAAGUGACCUUACUCGUGCUUUCCAACUUCAAGACCACAGAAAAUCAGGAAAACUUUCUGUGAGCCAGUGGGCUUUUUGCAUGGAGAACAUUUUGGGGCUGAACUUACCAUGGAGAUCCCUGAGUUCGAAUCUGGUAAACAUAGACCAAAAUGGAAACGUUGAAUACAUGUCCAGCUUCCAGAAUAUCCACAUUGAAAAACCUGUACAAGAGGCUCAUUCUACUCUAGUUGAAACUCUGUACAGAUACCGAUCUGACCUGGAAAUCAUAUUUAAUGCCAUUGACACUGAUCACUCAGGCCUGAUCUCCAUGGAAGAAUUUCGUGCCAUGUGGAAACUUUUUAGUUCUCACUACAGUGUUCUUAUUGAUGAUUCCCAAGUCAAUAAGCUUGCCAACAUAAUGGACUUGAACAAAGAUGGAAGCAUUGACUUUAAUGAGUUUUUAAAGGCUUUCUAUGUAGUGCAUAGAUAUGAGGACUUGAUGAAACCUGAUGUCACCAACCUUGGCUAAACACAAAUGAGAGCUUCCCUCGGGCUCCCUGUAAACAGCUAGGCCCAAAUCACAAGUACAGUCCUUUCCAACACGCCUGAAAUUCAGUCAGUAGCAGAGAAAAGCAGAUCCCAAUUCAUCCCACAAACAGAUGCAUAGUAUGGGUUUUGGAAGUCCCUAGCAAGCUGUUAUUGGUAAGAUUAGGUUAAAUGUCAGUAAUAGGAUUUGGUUUCAGCAUUAGUACCUACAUAUUGCCAGCAAGAAACUGGGUUUGAGCCUAGUGGUGUUCUCCUGAGUGCCAUCUAACCAGGAGGCCAGAGCGGUUUGAAACCAUCCUGAAAGGAACUCACACAGCACAAGAGAAAACUACUAAGCACGACAUCUGUGAGUGACUGAGGGAGACAGGAGGAAUACCAGGUUAUUCAUGGAAUAAAGUCUUUCCAUCUUUAAA